CCAAUACAACAGACAGAUUGUUAUGACAGAUCGUAGGGGUUAAGUUACGAUUUUCUUGUAAAUAAAGAUUCUUUCUAUUUAUUCUAAAACCCGAGUUGUAUUAAAAAUGGAAAAUGAUAGCCCUGUAAUAUACGGACUUGAAUUCCAAACUAGGGCAUUAUCAGCCCAAACAGCAGAAACAGACAUUGUUAGAUUCUUGGUAGGAACACAGUCAUUGAAAUUUAAUAAUAACCAAGUUCAUUUGGUGGAACUUAACGAAGAAACAGGUGGUUUAAAGACUCAAGUGUUUCAUCAUCCUAUUGGUGAAGUUUGGUGUUUACAAGCAUCGCCAACAGAUCCAAAUGUGUUUCUUACAUGUUAUAAUAGUUUAAGUGAUGAUGGUAGUUGCCAAAUGAAAGGAGCUAUUUGGAAACUACCAGAAUUAAAGGAAUAUACAAAUGAUGUGGAGGAUCUUAAAAAAGUAGCAGAUAUCAAUACAACAUCAUAUGGUACAGAUCUUAAAACUAUUGCUUAUCAUCCUAUGGAUUCGACAAAAGCUGUUUCAGUUGUAGACAAUAAAUUUGUAUUGUGGGAUUUAGCUGAUAGUGAACCUCAGGCUACAGCUUCUGGUACUUUAGCUAGCAAAGGUCAACCACGCUUCACAAAUGGAAAAUGGAAUCCUCACAAUGGUUGCAAUCAAUUUGUCACACUGAAUGAAAAUAAUGUUCGAGGAUGGGACUUUAGAAGUCCUUCUGAAGCAUCUUGGACAAUUUUAUCUGCUCAUUCUCAAAUUAUUAGAGAUCUAGAUUUUAAUGCAAAUCGUCAAUACUUUUUAUCUACUUGUGGAGAUGACGGGUAUAUGAAAUUCUGGGAUAUACGGUCACCUACAGAACCAGUUUUAUCUCGUAUGGAACAUUCACAUUGGGUGUGGAGUAUUAGAAUUAAUCGUUUUCAUGAUCAAUUGGUUCUAACAUCUAGCAGUGACUCUAGAGUAAUAUUAUGUAGUAUUGCAUCAAUUUCAUCAGAACCAUUUGGUCAUAUGGUACCCCCUGAAGAUGAUAGUACACAGAAUGACUAUACUUGCAAAAAAGACAAGUUAUACGAUGGAGUUGUAGGUAGAUAUGAAGAACAUGAAGAUAGUGUUUAUGCAGUUGAAUGGUCAUCUGCGGAUCCUUGGACAUUUGCAUCAUUGAGUUAUGAUGGUAGAUUAGUCCUUAAUAAAGUUCCCAGAAAAUAUAAAUAUCAAAUACUUCUUUAAUUUAAAUUUGUAUAUAAAACUAACCUAAAUAAAUUUUGUAUAUAUACAUA